CCAGGGAAAAAGAGUAUAAGUCAUGAUUUGCUCAAAAUGAGAUAAGUCAAGCAACUGAAUCCUUAAAGUGUUGCCCACCUUUUGGUAAAAAGAGUAUAAGUCAUGCAAAGAAAUAACGCAUUAUCUUUCCAAUAAUACAAAGAGUAUAACUAGAUUGUUGAGAUCGUUAUAGUAUAUGUCAAGCUAUACUGUUUUAACCAACAAUCGAAAUAGUAUAAGUUGACAUGUUCUAUUUUGAUCGUAAAAACUGCUAGACUUAUACUCUUAGAGCAUAACCUCAAAAAUAUUCAGUGCCGAAAUGUACAUGCGUUUAAUUUUAGUUUUACUAUAGAACGUUCAGUUUAAUUAAACAAAAGUGCAAAAGUGUAUUAUUAGUUACAAUGGCCAGUGACAGAACCAGAAAAAUAAUGAGCCUUGUUGAAACUAAGGGAAAAGAGCGGAAUGAAGAUGGUCAACAAGCAGAUCUACGCAAAAAUCUUUGCCAACCAUCAAAUUCUAUGCAGGACUUUUCCUCAAUACUAGGAGUUCCAGGCCCAUCCAAACCAACUGAUGUACUAUCGGAAUGUAGUGACGACAGCGUGGCUGACAAAAGUUAUAGUCCAGAUGCAUCCGAAUCAAGUGACGACAAUGAUGUGCACGUAUUUAAGACCGUUUCAGCAUUGAAGAUAUCAAAGAGACCCAGAAAUAAAAAACCAUGCGCAGCUGCUCAAAAAGAUGUUGCGGUGGAAAAUUCAAGACAAAAUGGUGCGGAGAAAGGCACUUAUUCGAGAAAGAAGAGAAGCGAAAGAAAAGAAAAAAGAAACACCGGAAAAAGUUACAUAACGGCUAAAAAUAAAGUAGUGAAAGAGAGAGUGUCAAAGCCCUUGGCGUCAUGCCGAAUGAAAUGUAGCCAAAAGCUGGAAGUGAAAUUUGAAGAGAGAACUAUUAGAGAAAAAAUAUUUCAAGAGUAUUGGGCACUUGGUGACAGAAACAAAAGAGUAAGAUUUAUUGCUGGAUUAGUUGAUACUAAAGAGCCCGCUUCUUCGAGAAAAAGAACAGUAGAUCCUGAUAAAGAAAAAUUCCGCACGAAGACACAUAUCUUUCACUUUGUUAUUAAUGGUGAAAGGGUUCGUGUGUGUCGUGCCUGUUUCAUGAAAACGCUUGGGGAAACACAAAUGUUCGUUACAUUGUCUCUCUGUAAUAAGAAUAGCACAUUAUCUGGAAUCACCUAUGAUGAUAAUAGGGGUAGAUCAGUUUCCGCUAACAAACAUUCCAUUGAAACACUACAACAAGUUAAAGACCACAUAUCAUCGUUUCCCCUAUACCAAUCACACUAUACACGAAGGGAAAGUAGCAGGAGAUACUUACCUCCUCAUUUAAGUCUAAGUUUGAUGUACAGUCUUUACUGUGACCAAAUUAAUAGCAUCCAAAGAAAGCCAGUAUCCAGGCAAAUCUACGAAAGAGAAUUUCACAAAAUGAACUUAAGCUUCAAAGAACCCAAAGUCGAUACUUGUAAUAAAUGUGACUUGCUCAGAAUGAAAAUCAGAGUAGCAGGGGAUGAAGAAGAAAAGAAGAAAAGUGAAGAGGAGUUAGCUAUACACCAUUUAGAAGCUGAUAACGCGUACGAAGAGAAAAGAAAAGAUAAGGAACUGGCAGCAAAUGAUCAAACUCGGCGUUGUUUUAUGUUUGAUUUGCAGCAAUGUUUACCAACCCCCAUGUUGAAUACGUCAGUUGCCUUUUACAAAAGGCAACUUUGGACUUUCAACCUAACCUUACAUGAAACUAGUACUCAAAAUGUUAGAUGUUACAUGUGGCAUGAAGCUGAGGGUGGCCGGGGAGGAAACCAAAUAGCUACAUGCAUUUUUAAGGAACUUACUUCGCUUCCUCAACAGGUAUCAAAGGUAACGUUAUAUUCUGAUACCUGUGGAGGGCAGAACAAAAACUCCCAUGUUGCCACCAUGUUUUUAGUGGCCAUGCAACAAAAUAUACACUUGGAAAUUGUGGAUCAUAAGUUCCUUAUUAGUGGACACACUCAUUUAGAGUGUGAUGUGGACCAUGGACUUAUUGAAAAGCAAAAGAAGAAGUUGCAAGUGCCUAUCUCUCACCCUUAUGAUUGGUACCAGUUAGUUCGUUCAGUUGGGAAAAAGAAAAAAUUUGAAGUUAUCGAGCUCAAUCAUUCGGAUUUCCUUAAUUUUGCAGAUCUGCUAAAAAAGAGUUUGCAACUUCGAAAAAAGGAUGAAGAUGGAAAUCAGUUCAACUGGCAUUCUGUAAAGUGGUUUCGUUAUACACGCGAAUCCGGAAAAAUACUUUACAAAACUACUUUGGACAACGAUGAGCCUUUUCACACCUUAUGCCUUACUCGUCGGGGACAACAAGAUGCACGUUUGUACCCAGAACGCCUCUAUACAUCUUCCAUACCCAUUUCAAAAGAGAAGAAAAAAGAUAUUUUAGAUCUUCUUCCUCUUAUCUCACCAACAUUUCACGAUUUUUAUAGAAACCUUAAAAGUAGUGACAUGCCUGAUACUUACCCUGAUUCAGAAGAUGAUGACCUACGCGACUAACUGCAACAGUUAUGAAGUAUUUUAGGCAUCAAUAUUUUUUUCCAAGUUUUGUCUUAUUAUUCUCGAGCGAUUUUAUAUUGCUUAUAGGUUUGGGGAUUUAGUUUUGUUUGGUUUAAAUAGUAUAAGUGACAUUUCUCAUUUGGUCAAAUUAGGAUAAGUCAUGUUUUCUGUUCAAUGAUAACGCUGAGUUAAUGUGUUUCACUUGUAUAAUAUCUUAUCUCAUUAAAUAUUUUGUUAAUGCAGUAACAACCAUAACUAUUUAAUUCCAUAAAAUCACAUAUAAAUAAAUUUGAUUUCUGAAAAAUCAACUUUUUUGACUUAUACUUUUUU